UGGGCCCUGGCGCCGGCACUUGCUGCCCAGCGUGUGUCCGUGCAGGGUCCCGACCAACCGCUUGUCCAUGGCCGCCAUCAGGGCUCUGCAGCAGUGGUGCCGGCAGCAAUGCGAAGGCUACCGCGACGUGAACAUCAGCAACAUGACCACGUCCUUUCGCGACGGUCUGGCCUUCUGCGCUAUCCUGCACCGCCACCGGCCCGAUCUCAUAAACUACGAUGCCCUCCGGAAGGAGAACGUUUACGAGAACAACAAACUGGCCUUCCGGGUGGCUGAGGAGGAACUGGGCAUCCCAGCUUUGCUGGAUGCUGAAGACAUGGUGGCUCUGAAGGUGCCCGACCGGCUCAGCAUCCUGACCUAUGUGUCUCAGUACUACAACUACUUCCAUGGUCGCUCACCCAUUGGCGGUAUGGCUGGCAUGAAGCGCUCCUUGGGGGAUUCUGCUGUAGAACCUACUGAAAAGAAGGUGCUAACUAGGCCUUCCAGUCCCAGGCAGACAAAGUCCUUCGCCCAGGGCACCCCGCGGAAGGAAGACAGGGGAGCAGAGGAACCCCCGCCCAAGACUAGCCGUGUCGUGGGCAGCUCCAUCAGCAGCACCUGCGGUGUCUGUGGUGAAGUCGUGCAUCUGGUGCAGCGCUUCCUGGUGGACGGGCGGCUGUUCCACCGCAGCUGCUUCAGGUGCCAGCUCUGCUCCAGCACUCUGCAUGCCGGGAGUUACCAGGCCACAGGGAAGCCAGGAGCCUUCAUCUGCAGCAGACAUGGCCUGGACACCGAAGCCCCCCGUACCCCGAAGCUAGCAAGCACAGUGAGAGAGGCAGAGCCUGUAUCGCGGGGCAGCUCCUCUGUCCGGGGAGGCUUUCCAGGAGGAGCAGCCCCCACAUUGGGCACCAUCUCCCCGAUCCACGGGAGCCUUGCACCAGGCCCCAGCAAGGCCAGCACACCCGUGGGCAACAGAAGCCCAGCAGGGUGGAUGUCUUCGAAGAAGGACGCAGCAAUACCUAGCCUGCGGCCUGCAGUCCCCAGUGCCCAGGACUCCAGCCGCACCGAUACCCGCCUGGGCUCCUCAGGCCUGAGCUCUGAGUCUCCAGGUAGAGGACACACCCCGGCUGGGACCUCAACAGGUUCCAGGGUGCAGCAGGCCCGGGAGGACUCCAGCCGCACCAACACCCGCUUGGGCUCCUCAGACCUGAAUUCUGAGUCUCCAGGCAAAGGACACAUCAAGGCUGGGACCUCAACAAGUUCUAGGGUGCAGCAGGCCCGGGAGGACUCCAGCCGCACCAAUACCCGCCUGGGCUCCUCAGGCCUGCGCUCUGAGUCUCCAGGCAAAGGACACGCUCCGGCUGGGACCUCAACAGGUUCCAGGGUGCAACAGGCCCGGGAGAAGUUGCUGCAGACGCCAGUGGCUCCCACUAGCCCUGGCCCUGUCACCAGCCCCACCCGGGAACAGGCACUGAGUGUUCUCCGCAGGGCACUGCCAGGCUCCGGGGGCAAUGCCAGACUCCCCCUAAGCCCUGUGGCCUUGAAUUCCCACCCUGGAUUGACAGAAGGUCCACGAGCAAGCCCAGAGCCCAAGAUACCUUCCCAGACCGUUGGCAGCCCCAGGAAGACCCGGCCACCGGCUACCCUGAGUGAGAGCAUCCCCAGCCCAGCAGGCCUGGGCCAAAGGGGUGCCAUGACUACUGAAGUGGAUGGUGCUGUGUCCCGGGUGAAGGGCCCUGCAGGUAACGAGGAGGAGGGACCUGCAGACUGGAGGAGCCGUUUGAAGCCCGUACCCAAAAAGCCUGAGGAGAGGUCUCUGGAACUAAAUGAGCCGUCAAAGGCCAGGGAUGCACCCCACAAGUUCCCCAGGAGCCCUGAGGGGGCCACGAUCGUCACCCCAAUCCCCACAAAGUCUGAUAGCUGCCUGGGGAAUGCCAGCCCUGGGCCCCAGCCCUCAGUUGUGUCCCCGGCCCUUGCCCAGCGUCGGAAGCUGCGGGUCCCCCCCAGCCUGAAUCUCUCAGGGAUCCAACUGGAACCCAGUGGCAAGCGGAGCGGAAAUGAGGGAGGCACAGAAAACAAGCCCCGGGAACAGGCUGUGACAUCUCCCCUCAGGCUGCAGCCUGAUGACCUGCUGUCUCCUGAGAUCCAGAGGCAGAUCCGGACCAUUGGGGACCAGCUGGAUGCGCUAGAGCGCAGGGGUGUGGGGCUGGAACAGCGGCUGCGGGCAGCCGAAGGAGAGCCAUCCGAGGACGCCCUCAUGGUCGAAUGGUUCCACCUCAUCCAUGAGAAGCAGCUACUGCUGCGGCUGGAGUCUGAGCUCAUGUACAAGGUCAGGGACCAGCGCCUGGAGCUGCAGCAGCUGGACCUGCAGGACGAGCUGCGGCGGCUGAUGGACAAGCCGGAAGCUCUGAAGUCACCUCAGGACCGGCAGCGGGAGCAGCAUCUGCUGGACCAGUACGUGAACACCGUGAAUGACCGCAGUGACAUUGUUGAUUUCCUGGAUGAGGACCGGCUCAGAGAGCAGGAGGAGGAUGCAAUGCUGCAGAACAUGCUGGAGACACUGGACCUGCACAGGAGCAGUGGGGACCACAGGAGGAAGUCCAAGUCCCGCCUGUCCUUCCGCUUCCUGUCGAGGAAGGAGAAGGCCAAGGCCCCUGAGUGAGCGUGGCUGGGCACAGCAGUACCGGCCACAAUAAAUACACUGACCUGCUGA